AUGAAUAUUAAUGUCCGUUAUUGUCCAAUCGAACAAGUGCAAAUCACCUGCGUCAGGGUUACUCUCAUCGAACUUCCGUAUAUUGUGGCGUAUGCACUUUGGGACUCCAACAAGACUGCUGUAGAACAGAGGUGCUAUUAUAUGUAUAUUUGUUUCCCAUUCUCUAUCGCCAUGAUAUUCCGUAUACACAUACUUAUGUUGGGAGCAGUCGUUUUGUUGGAGCUCACAUAUGCUGCUCCCGCAAAAGAAGUUCGAGUCUCCGACAAAACUGUUUCUGGCUCUCAACCCUUAAGUGAAGAAAAAGAUGAUCUCAAAACCGCAGCUAGUAGUUAUCCUGAUCGCUAUUCAGACUGGGGUCGUGGUUAUUCCAGUGGUUACGGAGCUGCCGGUUACGGUUCUUUAGACGAUAGGUAUGCAGGAAAUGGUGAAUACGACAAUUCCUACGGGUAUGGUGGUUUUGAUGGAGAUAACCAGAGAUAUGGCAGCGGUGGCUACUCAUCCGGCACUGCAGGGUACGGCGGUUACCGAGGUGGAUAUGGAGGAACAUCUGGCUACAGCGGCAACGGUGGUUACGGCGGUUACAGCGCCAACGCUGGUUAUGGUGGUUACAGCGCCAACGUUGGUUAUGGUGGUUACAGCGCCAACGCUGGUUAUGGUGGUUACGGCGGUUAUUCUGGCAACGGUGGACUUAAUUCUUACUAUGGUUACAACAACCCUUACUACCAAAGUGGUAAUAACCACUUAGGAUACGGUUAUUAUAGAAGGCCUGGUUAUGGCAAUAUUUAUAAUAGCGGCAUUACUCCCAGCCUAGUAACUGGAUAUAGAGGUUAUUCUAGAAAAUGA